AUGUCAGGUAAUUCAUUCAUGGAUGAGGAUAAGAUGAAACGGACAAGAGUUGCCUGUGAAACUUGUCGUAGGAAAAAAAUCAAAUGUUCAGGAGAUCAACCAUGUACAAAUUGUAUUCAACAGAAAGAUGAAAUCAAUUGUAAGUUCCUGGAAAAGCCUAAAAAGUUAAGAAUGGUGGAAAAACCCAAGGGAUCAUCAUUGAAAACCAUGGAAGAUAGACUUAGUCGAUUAGAGGGAUAUCUUGUUCAAAUUACAGAGAAAUUGGUUACAUUGAAUGAUUCUCCUAGACAGGCAACACCUGAAGCUCAGGAACCUGCCAAACCUAAAUUAGAAGAUGAAGUAUUCGAUCAUGAAGGUAAUCAUUAUCUAGUCAGAGAGAGAUUCUUCGAAAGUCAUUCAUUUAUGUCAGUUUGUUCAACUAAAUCAAUAGCUUGGAUUUCUUCAUCAUUGCGUAAUUCUAGUAAGAAAGAAGUUAUUCAUCAAUUUGAACGAUUACCUUUCUUUUUCUUCACCAAACUGGAACCUUUAUUCAAGAAAUUUGUGGAUCCCGUUGAUAUUGAUCAAAGUAAUCGUGAAAAAUACUUGGUUAGACCAUUACCUGAUGAUUAUGAAUAUCUUCUUGAACUUCUCACAUCUAUUGAAGAUGAUAAUGAAUUUUUCACUAUGAUUUGUCCUUUCAGUCAAUUGAAACAAUUAUUAUAUCAAUAUUUCUUUGGUCGUACAAAGCUUAAUAAUUCUAAUUUACUUAUAUUAUGUGCCAUAUUUGUUAUAUGUUUAAAUGCUAGAUUAACUUCGAAAACACAAAUGGGUGAUCUGACCAAAGAAAAGUAUAGUAAAUUGGAAUUGAACAUAUUCUUUGAAGAUUUAUUAUCAUCAUCAAUAUUAUUAUACCAAAGAAUUUGUGUAAUAUCUCAAGGUAUAGAAACAAUUAGAGCUAUAUUAUUAUUAGUAACAGCGUUUGAAGCUAGUGGUUCAAUGAUACUUGAUCUUAAUUAUAUGAUUCUUUCUGUAGCCAUAAGAUAUGCUCAUGAAUAUGGACUUCAUCGUCCAGAGUCUUAUGUUAACUUGACUGAAGAAGAAGCUGAAAGUCGUAGAUUAUUAUGGAAUCUUUGCUUGAGAUGUGAUGUUGAAUUUUGUUUCAGAAAUGGUAAACCUCCAAUAUCUUCAUCUUAUGAUAUUCUCAGAUCAUCAAAGGAUGAUUUGAAAUCAGUUUUAAGAUCUUUAAAUCUUGAUCAUUCAGCUUUACAAUAUUUUGAUCCCAAAACUCAGUUGGGUUAUCUUUCACCUAAUCAUACACAAAAGUUGUAUGAUGCCAAAGAAUAUUCAACUAUAGCUCAAUAUGAAAAUUACUUGUUAUCUAAACUCAGAUUUGAUUCAUAUUUCACCCUUUUCAACAAUGUAGGGAAUUUACAUACUAUUGAGAAUUUGGAGAAUAUUUUGGAAGAUUUGAAUGUGGCUAGUUCAAGAUUAUCUUAUACUUUAGUUGAAGAAUUCAAACCAAGAUACUUUGAUGAACCUCAAUUCGAAUUUUACAUCAGUAAAAUCAUCAAUGAAGGUAAAGCUUCUAACUCCGGAGUUUAUGCUGAUAUCCUCAAUUUCCAUUUCUUAUUUUACUUCCAAUUAAUGAUAACAAACAGAGUUCCAUUUUUGACUAACAUCACUGAAGAUUCUCCUAAAAUUCAAGAUUUCAGAAAGAUAUUCAUCCGAUCAACUAGAACUUUACUUCAUUUAGGUUUGAGAAUUGACCAUAAAGCUAUCAAAAGUUUCGCAGUUAUUUGGUUGGCUUUUUAUCCUUUUGCAGCAUUUUUGAUUUUAUGUGCAUUGAUCAUAAACAAUCCUAAAAGUAUGGAAGUAAAUGAAGAUUUAAAAUUACUUACAGACGUAUCGAAUUAUUUCUUCGAUAUCGCUUUUGGUGAUUACACUAAAGAUUCUGUUAUUUAUAACUUGGGAAACAAUAGUUUUGGAUGUCAAACAGUUAUUAUGAAGGUGUUCUUACAAUUAGUCGUAGGGGUAGUGGACCUGAAGAAUGAUAUUCAAUAUAGAGAAGAUGAAGUUCAUUUGAAGCAAAUCAAGAUAUUAGAGCAUAUUGCUCCUGAACUCUUCCAAGGUAAAAGAAGACUUCAUUUCAAGAUCCAUAGUACAUAUAAUGAAGAAGAGAAUCUUGGGUCAUCAAAGAAUAGUUUAUCUAAUAUAACAGGAACAUAUUCUGAUACCAGUACUGACUAUAGCUAUGGGGGAUUUGAAAAACCAGUCACAGGUCAAACACCAACAGGUAUGACACCAAUGAAUCAAAAUAUGGUCAAUGAUAAUCCAGUAUUUGACAUCUUAUUUGAUGAUCAAAUGAAUGAUUUUGUUAGUAGCCAGAUGAAUAGUUUACCCAAUUUUUUCUUUGACAAUAAUUUGGGUUUCGAUAGUUAG